GCUGCUAUUCAUCGGAAGCUGUAUUCUUACUUGUGAAGCCGGCGAUGGUCCGAAGGUAAUCCUGAAGAGGAUCAUGGCGUUUAACCCAGCGACUUUUACGCCAACAUGCAAGAAGGUGUUCCAGAAAUGCGCUACCAAGGCUUUCGCCCUGAUGAAACUGAUAUCAGUUAUCGAAGAAAAGUGGGACCAGUUCGUGGAAAUCAAGUGCAUUACUGAGCUGCUGGAUAAUGGAUUCCCGGACUAUACUAGGGAGUGUUCAAUGAACAGCAUGUACGGAGAUGCUAUCAGAUGCUUCGGAAAACCAGAAAUACUGGAUCGCGUAGAAGCAGACAAUGUUCCACUUGCUAACACUGCAUUGGUACAGUAUGACAUUCUUUUACUUAUAUACGUCGAAACGCUAUGUCUCUUUGGACAGAGCCAAAUUUUUUUCCUGGAAAUUAUGGCGCCCUUGAUGUCCCGUCAAGAUAUCUCUAAAUUACUCCAAAAUUGGGCUUCACCGCACGACACCCUGGAGGUCAACCAUUGA